AUGGGUUCUUUAGGCACAACCAAAAAGCUUCAUGCUGUGUGCAUUCCAUUCCCAGCACAAGGCCACAUAAACCCAAUGCUCAAACUAGCAAAGCUUCUCCAUUUUAGAGGCUUCCAUAUAACCUUUGUUAACACAGAGUAUAACCAUAAACGGCUUCUCAAAUCUAGAGGAUCUGAUUCCCUAAAUGAUGUUCCAUCAUUUUGCUUUGACACCAUCCCUGAUGGUCUACCUGAGUCUGAUGCGGAUGCCACACAAGAUGUGAGUUCCCUGUGUGAGUCUACAACAAAGACUUGCUUAGCUCCAUUCAAGAACCUCAUUUCAAAACUGAAUAAUGCCUCAGAUGUCCCUCCUGUGACUUGUAUAGUUUCUGAUGGUGUUAUGAGCUUCACUCUUGAUGCUGCCCAAGAACUUGGCAUCCCAGAGGUGCUUUUCUGGACAACUAGUGCAUGUGGGUUCAUGUGUUACAUGCAAUAUCGCCAACUCAUUGAAAAGGGCUUAACACCCCUUAAAGACUCAAGUUAUAUCACAAAUGGGUAUUUGGAGACAAUCAUCGAUUGGGUGCCAGGCAUCAAAGAAAUCCGUCUAAAGGACAUGACUAGCUUUAUAAGAACCACAAACCCAGAAGAAUUUAUGUUAGAUUUCAUACAAGGGGAGUGCGAGAGAGCUAAAAAAGCUUCUGCAAUCAUUUUGAACACAUUUGAUGCAUUAGAGCAUGAUGUUUUGGACGCAUUGUCAUCCAUACUGCCACCAUCGGUCUAUUCCAUUGGUCCCUUGAAUUUACUCUUAAAUGAUAUCAAUUAUGAAGAUUUGAAAACAAUAGGGUCAAAUCUUUGGAAGGAAGAGCCAGAGUGUCUAGAAUGGCUAGACUCCAAAGAACCUAACUCUGUGAUUUACGUGAACUUUGGUAGCGUCACGGUUAUAACAAGUGACCAAUUGAUAGAGUUAGCUUGGGGACUUGCUAAUAGCAACAAAACCUUUUUGUGGGUUAUAAGACCAGAUGUUGUAGCAGGGGAAAAUGCUAUUUUACCUUUAGAGUUCGUGAAUGAGACAAAAAAGAGAGGCCUAAUGGUAAGUUGGUGUCCCCAAGAGCAAGUUUUGGCUCACCCCGCAAUUGGAGGGUUCUUGACACACAGUGGUUGGAAUUCAACGUUGGAAAGUGUGUGUGGAGGUGUUCCUAUGCUUUGUUGGCCUUUCUUUGCGGAGCAACAAACCAAUUGUAGAUUCUCUUGCAAGGAAUGGGGUAUUGGGUUGGAGAUUGAAGAUGUUAAGAGGAAUAUAGUUGAAAGCCUUGUGUUGGAGUUGAUGGAGGGUCAAAAGGGUAAAGAGAUGAAAGCUAAAGCUUUGGAAUUGAAGAAUUUGGCACAUGAUGCUACUUCUGCUCCACAUGGAUCUUCGUUUCUCAAUAUGGAUAAUAUGGUUCGUCAAGUUCUUAUGGGCAAAGUUGAUAAAAACUAG